AUGAUCCACGUUUCAACUUGCUUUAAGACUAGCGCCAUGGCAAGUACCGAUUCAGAGGACCCAGACGGUGUGAAAGAAGCCUGUCCUUAUUGCGCAAAUUACCUUGAUGUUUUAGCUCUUGUGGAACAUGUUGACCAAUGUAAGAACCUGUCAAUGAUAAAGGCUCUUGAAAUAUCGCGGGAAGAUUGCUCCCAAUCUUCUCCCUCUGGCCCGGACUCCGAUUGUGCGUCCAGAAGCGAGGACGAUUCUCCGAUGGGGGAUAAAGAGCUCUGUCCAAAAUGCCAGGGAGAGUUUAGCGUGUUAGAACUAUUAAGCCAUGCUGAUAAAUGUCUAGGGGAAGUGCGCAAAACUGGUUCUGGCUUAGAAUCUCAGCGAACAGAUAUUCGGGAACAUAUUAAUAGUGACGAUGUUCUUCAUCGAGAAAGCGAAAGUGAGAAAGGUGUCGGGGAUUGUCCGUAUCGUGAGGGCAAAAGUAUUGUAAACCAUAGGUCUAUUGAAGAAGUCUGUGAUAAGAAAAACUGCGACAGUUUUGUAAUCACCAGACCAGAUAAUGAAGGUAUCGACGAAGACGGUUCUAAGCUUAUUAAAGGCGGAGAUGAUGAAGAUAGAGCUUAUAGUGAUGAAGUUAGACUCGUAGAAGAGGAUGAUGACAUCACACAUGGUGAUGAUGUCGGUGGUGAAGACACCUGUAGAGAUGGGAAGGAUAAAACUGAAGAUGGAGAUGAUACUGAUGACUUCGCUCGCGGUCACCAUGACGUCCGUCUCGGUGACGACGAAAGCAGUGCCUACAUAGACGACGAAUUUGUUUCCUCUGAGGAUCCUUCGAGUGAUGGUGAACUUCUCCUCGCAAUGGAAACCAGCGAAGAUGACGCUGAUCUUGAUCAAUUUGAAAUCUGCCCGAAGUGUCGUAAUCUAUUUCAUCUGUCUUUGUUGGUCGAACAUGCAGCUAAAUGUAGCGUAGUUUCACUAGACGUGCAAACAACCGGGGAAACAAAGACAGAACUUUCAAACUCAACCACCCCAUCUGAGUCCCCAACAGCAGCUCCAAUUGUUUUCAGUGACUGCAGCGUCUGUGGAAUACGGUUGCCCGUUCACAUGAUGGGUAUUCAUUAUCCCAGGUGUAAUACGCUCCGUGCGUCAAAGAAGGCGAGCGAAUGCUCCAGCCAGUCUCCUGAAAGUGACCCUGCAGAUUUUCCGGGGCAUGCAGGUGUCCGCAUAGACAAUCUAAGCAGCAGAGUAACGGUGGAGGAUAAAAAGGAUGAGGCACACCCAGGAUGUAAAUCCGGAGAAUGGCCAUCAUCAUUUGUGACUAAAGUGAUUAGCUCUACCGGUAGUAGCGAGAGAGAGGCAGAUAAAUUAGAAGGAAUUAGUUUAAAAAGAACUUUUUCCUCGCUGGAUUCAUAUCACGACUGCGAAGAACAGUGCAUCUACUGCUUUAAAAUGUUUGCUGUGAACGUUCUUGUAGAACAUGUGGAAGCCUGUGCAUCGCGCAAUAAGGUAAGAUAUUUUUAUUUCCCUGAAAUAUUGAUAUCUAAAACAUGCCAGUGGAUAGUGCUUGUUGUGGCCAUUAGAGUAUCGGACUUGUAAUUCGGAGGUCCAAGUAGUACGCAUAGCUGACCGCGAGAUCCCUACGUGGAGGUCUUUCUUGGCAGUUGUUAUUGCAAGUUCAGCGUCUUCGCCAUUUGUGUAAAUAGCCUAUCGGUGUGCCUCCUCUUGUAGGUGUAGCUGUUAACCUUCAGGCGUUGCCCUGGAUUUUGCAGCAUAAUUUUUACCGACAUUUUUUGAGAGACAGCGUGGCCGAGUAGUCAGCGCAUCGGACUCCCAAUUCGGCGGUAUCGUGUUCGAGUUCUGUCCCCCGAAUUCAAGUCAUUCGGCCACGCUUGUAAAUAGCUAACUCAGUUUGCCUCCUUUCUCUUGGGGAUUUUUCUUCUAUUUUCGAUUAAUUUGGAUUAUUUGUUUAUAAUUAUUUGGGUGGGGUGCCUGUAAGUUAGCUUUGAAGCUAAGUGCACUUUCGCUAUAAAUAAAUCUUUACCUUUUUACCUUUUGUCAAAACUAGGCGAAGCUGGCUAUUGGUUUAAGACGAGCAGCAAAAGAUUAAAACGUCGUGAUUCUCAGCCAAAUGAACGUAGGAAGUCGCGCCAAAAUACCAUUACCAUAUUUUCUUUUCUAUAUACCAUAUUCCGAAUAAAUUAAAGAACAUACAUGGUGAGAAAAAUUUUGGUUUUUACGAAACAGCUUUCUCUUUAAUACAAUUAACAGCCAAGUAUCGAACUUUCGCAGGCUUCAUCCACAGAGGAGCUGGAGCAGUGUUGUUAUUGUCUACAGACGUUUCCGUUAAGCGAGCUUAUCAACCAUGCACAGAACUGUGAUCAAAAAGAAAUCUCUGGCACCCAGGUUUGAUGCAGUGUCUUACUGUCAGAUUUUAUUAUUUAAAACUGAUUUGUUCUGAUUUUUAACUUUCGUUAAUCAAAGAAGAACGCCCAAAUGUGCCGCAGAAAUAUCAGAUAUACUUAAUAUAAAGUGGUACUCAGUAGUUAGUAAAGAGCAUUAACCAAGAGCAAGCACCUCCCAACUAGGCCUAUGUCACGAGGUUUUCACGGACCGGUCUAUUUUUAGAUACAUUUUAGAGCCCUUUUUCCUGAGUCCAUGAGCGCAUUUGAAGUAUAAGAUCAUGAAAAAAGAAAACUAAACGUCAUUCAAAAGUCACAAAUACCAUUUCGAUGAACCAACAGAUAUUCUAAAUUCGCGCCAAAAUAGUUCUAAAAAUAAACUGGUCAGUGAAGACGCUGUGACACGGGUACAUGGAAGCUGCUCGCUCCGGGUUAUGGGCUCCUAUUGAAUUUCAAUGCCAUACUGUCUCUUACAGGAGAAUUCACGAGAUGGAGUCUCAUCUGGAAGCCAAUCAUCAAGCACAGAAUUACUUGAGAGAUGUAUGUAUUGUUUCAAAGACUUUCCAGUCAGCAAGCUGAUCCGCCACGCACAGAAAUGCGAUGGUGACAUGUCAGGACCUAGAGAGAGGUUUCAUGGUUUCUUGCCCUCUAUCCAUGAUGUAAGUGAAGAGUCAAUAAAAUAGAUGUGGUUAUAAUUUGCGUAAGGUAUCAAUCGCUUUGUAAAGUAAUCCGGAAUUCUUCGCUUUGGAAUGCGGAAUUCAGCUAAAGGAAUUCGGAAUCCCACUAACGAUUGGAAUCCUGAGUCCAGGUUUCACUGACAAAGAAUCCACAAUCCAGAGCGUGGAAUCCAGAAUCCAAGACUGUCUCAGUUUCCUUACAUGGGGUGAUAUCAAUUUUUGUCACUGUACAUUAAGGGGAGGUGUUGGCAAGAUUCACUGCUUCUUGGAAAUCCGAUCGGUAUCAAUGCAAAUCCCAUAACACUGAUUGACCUGGUCUUUCUUAAACUUAUCGUUUGUGUGAGCUAUAGGGUGUUCUCCUUUUACAAUAUGGCGGCUGAAGGGGAGAGACUCCAUAUUGGAAAACGUUGAGACCUGGGGUCGAGUUUGCGAAUAGGUAGACUGGUCAUGUUAUUAUUUGGCAAAUAACACAGAUCUUUAAUCACGUAUUGUUUUGCCUCUAUUCAGUCACCUCAGUGAGUAAAAACAAACUCUCCUCGGGGUGGACUCUUAUCCCUUAUAAGGGAAAAGUAGUGAUAUCCAGUCAAUUCAUCUUAAUUUUUGCUUAACCCGGCUCCCGCCUUGAGGAAUUGAAAUAAAGCAAAUUCUUUUCUUUCCUAUCUUAAUCUAAGCAGUCUUUACCUAGUUUUUCUUGUUUAGUUUUGUUCUUGAUGGGGUUUUUAAAUGACCAUUGAUAUUGUUUUCAGUUGAGUGCUAUUUCAUCAGUCGCCAUAUUAAAUGACACUCAACGAGCCGCUUUACAGUACGUCAUCACCCGCUCAGCUGAAGAAUCCAAGAAAGUUUCGUCUGGUUUACUUGCACGUGUUCAACGCCUGGGUUACAGUGAGAACGACUUGAAGAGGUUUGUGCACAGCUAAAUGUAUAAGUGUUUUUCAAGUCUGAAAUUAAAAAUUAAAGAAGGUCGUUGUCCAUUAAGGACCAAAUUAAAUGUCUCAGUAAGAAUUUUGAAACGAGAGUAAAUGGUAAUGAAAUACUCUGGGAAAAGUUUUAAAAUAUCUGAACACCCUUCAAUUCCAAACAACCAAACCAUUCAGUCGUGCGGACAGUUGUGGAAAGAAAGUUUUUAAAAGUUUGGUUUGCCUCGAGGUUAUUCCGGUUUUCUCCAAUAAAUCAGUAUAGCCAAUAGUAGUUGUGAAAUCGGAAAACGCGUUCCAAACUAAAAUGGGUUUUUCCAAAACCAGUAUUUUCCGUUGAGAAAGUGAAUAUUCCUCGGAGCCUAUACGCUGUUCAUUGAAAAUCUUAUCAUUCCUAACAACAACGAAACCGGUUCAGUAAAGAAAGCCUUUAUUUGACCGUCACAAUUUGGCAGUCAGUUAAACAUGCCAGUAAAACUUCUGAAUAUGCUGACCCUAAGAAAACUUGAUCUCACCGCAUGCAGAAUGAAAAUCUGCUAAAACUGAACUACAUCGGCAGCGACUAUUUUCCCCCGAUGCAGAAAUUCUGUAUCCUGUGCAGUGGUUAAAAUAGGCCUAAAAUGUACUGAAUUCAGCUACCAUGCAGAAAUUCUGCACGCGGUAAAAUCCGUGAAAAUCUACAGAAACUGUACUACAUCAGCAGCGACUAUUUUCUCCCGAUGCAGAAAUUCCGCAUCAUGUUCAGUCGUUAAAAUAGGCCUAAAAUGUACUGAAUUCAGCUACCAUGCAGAAAUUCUGCACGCGGUAAAAUCCGUAAAAAAUCUACAGAAACUGGACUACAUCAGCAGCGACUAUUUUCCCCGAUGCAGAAAUUCUGCAUCAUGUUCAGUCGUUAAAAUAGGCCUAAAAUGUACUGAAUUCAGCUACCAUGCAGAAAUUCUGCACGCGGUAAAAUCCGUAAAAAUCUACAGAAACUGGACUACAUCAGCAGCGACUAUUUUCCCCGAUGCAGAAAUUCU